UGGAGGGCAGCAUGACACUAUCGAGAGUACAGCCUGCCGGAAUUCCAUUCGAAGAAGAAGAAGAGUUUUUGCUUGGACGCUACUACCGGUAGCAGGACUUGACUGUACUGUUGGGCGUUUUAAUCCAGUUGUUGAUGAUUCAAACAACGAUGUCUGAAGGGGAUAGUUUGAGAGGAUUGAUCACGGAGAGACUAACGGCUGCUGCUGAAGACAUAUUUCUGCUUUUUAAAAGCGCUAUCGUGGAGUACCAGGAGGAGCUCGAGCGUCAACAGAAACAGCUGGAUAUCUUCUUGAACCCUGAAGUCUACCUACACAGGAUAAAUGUGCCACAGGAGCUUGUGCGUGAAGAAGAGGAGGUUCUGUCUGACCUGGUGAAGAACUCCAGUCCAGACCAAGAGGAGGCAGAGCCUCCACGGAUUAAAGAGGAACCAGAGGAACCCUGCAGCAUUCAGGAGGGAGAGCAGCUUGAACUGAAGGAGGAGACUGACUCAUUCAUGUUGACUCCUGCUCAUGAGGAAAAAAAACACAGUGAACCAGAACUACAUGAACACCAGCUCCUUUCUGACAGUACUCAUGUUGCUGAGGAUCAAGAUCCUGCAGGAAGCAAGGACAAGGACUCAGAAUCAAGUAGAAAUUCAGAGCCAAACAUUCCUGACAAAAUCCACCAAAGCAGUCACAACACUGAUGUGUCAGAGAAUCAAUGUAAUCCUCUUCAAGAUCAGCCAUCUUUUAAAUGUGACGUUUGUGGUGAAAGUUUUAAGAAGAAUUCAGUAUUACAGACACAUCAGUGUGUCCACAGUGGUAAAGAAACACAUUCAUGCAAGAUUUGUGGGAAAAUGUUCAAGUGGAAGUGUUUAUUAAAAGCUCAUAUGAGACGUCACACAGGUGAGAGGCCAUAUUCUUGUACAGCUUGUGGUAAAGGAUUCCUCCAUUUAUCAAUCUUGAAACAGCACAACAUGAUACAUACAGGUGAGAAGCCUUUUACUUGUACAACAUGCGGCAAAUCUUUCACACAACAACAAAACUUGAAAGUCCACAUACGCACACACACAGGUGAGAAGCCUUACUCCUGCGGCACCUGUGGAAAAAGAUUCUCUCAUCAAAACAGACUGAGAGAUCACAACAAAACUCAUACAGAUGACUGGCCGUCCAUUUGCAAAAUGUGUGGCGACAGUUUUAGAAACAGUACUGACUUGAAAAAACAUGUAGAAAGGGUCCACUUAGGUAAGAGGCCUCACUCAUGCAGCACCUGUGGAAAAAGAUUCUAUUCAAAGGCAGAGUUAACAGUGCACAUGCGGAUUCAUUCAAAUGAGAAGCCGUACUCCUGUUGUGGAUGUGGGGUAUCAUUCACACAAAAACAAAAUUUGAUUAGGCACACAGAAUCGAAAAGAUGUUUGAUGAGGGCUACAGGAAAAUCUCCUGUUGUUUGACUGAAUGUGAAUGCAGUAGGGAUUGUUUGCUAGCCACAAUUUAAUAACAAGAGGAGAGAUGAGAAGAAUUGAUUUUCUUCUCCAAUUUAAGAGAGAAUCUUGAUUUUGACUGUAUUAAAUGCUCUGGUUUGUUUGGGUUGUACAUGUGUAGUCCAGUCUGUUUUGA